CGGCUCGGCAAGAUGUCCCGGGGCGAAGAGGCGCAGGGCUCCGCGCUGCGGCUCGACGUGACCGAGACCUUCGCGGGCCUCGCCUUGCCCGGCCACCUCCACACGCAGGAGUCGCUGCAGCUGGCCCGCGCCUUCCCCUUCCGCGGCACGGACGCCCUGCUCGUCACUUACCCCAAAUCAGGGACCACCUGGCUUCAAGAGAUCCUGACCUUAAUCUACAGCAAAGGAGAUGCAGAGCCUGUGAAGACCCUCCCCAACUGGGUCCGGACCCCCUGGUUGGAGCACACCUACUUCAAGAGUUUGCCCAAGCAAGAGCAGGACUCCCGGAUCUUCACCACCCACCUGCCUCAUCGGGUGUUAGCAGCCACCUUGAGGAAAACGAAGCCCAAGGUGAUCUACCUGGCCAGAAACCCCAAGGAUGUUGCCGUCUCGUACUACCACUUCAGUAGAAUGGCCAACUUCCUGCCUGACCCUGGCUCCUUCGACGAGUUUCUCCUUCGCUUCUUGGAUGGCGCAGUGCACUUUGGCUCCUGGUUUGAGCACGUCAAAGGCUGGCUCAGCUGUCAGGACGAGCUGACGGUUCUGUACCUCACCUAUGAGGAGUUAUACCAGGAGCUGGAGGCCUCGGUCGGGCGACUGAGCGCCUUCCUGGACCGGCCUCUGCAGCCGGGCCAGGUGGACGCCAUCCAGAGGCACUGCAGCUUCGCCUCCAUGCGCGAGAGCCCCAUGGUGAAUGGCGCGCUUGUCCCACGCGAGAUCCUGGAUCCCAGCAAGAGCCAGUUCAUGAGGAAGGGUAUCGUUGGGGACUGGAGGAACCACUUUUCCCCGCAGCAGAACGAGCUGUUCAGCCGGAAAUACCAGCAGGAAGUGGGAGACCUGUGCCGGCAUUUCCGGUGGGCCUUGGACUGACCGCAGCGAGAUCCGGCACCAGCGAUGAGCCCUCCUGGCCCCUGGAAGCCGGACCCCCCCGAGCCGGGCGUGCAGGACGGCUCGCUGGUCCUGGGACCGUCUUGCCUGGGCGGAGUUCGGCUCUCAGAGUAUCAGAGGUGCAUUGCUAGGAAUGUGCGAAUAGCCCGUCAAACGCAGCUCAACCCAUUUUCGCUCUUCACAUGCGCUUUAUGGCGAGAUCCAGACUUCAAUACUGGUAAGAAGUAUUUUUGGGGCAGGCUUGUGUGACAGCCUUGCUGACGUUUUAUGUCGGAUCGAUCAGCUGGGGCUGGCAAAAGCCGAGGGAGGCAAGCGCCGCCCCGCUGGCAGUCCGCAAGAACU